GGCAGAAAUUAUUGGGAUGUGAGCAACUUGAGUGAAGAUGAUGAAUUUCCACGACAUGGGCUUGGGGAUGACGAGAAACAGCUCGCGCUUUCAGAGGCUGACAAAGCCUUCAAUGCUAUGAUGUGUCUCCUGGAGCAUAAUCGCUUCGAGGAGACGUCCAAACUCCUGAGCCAAUUGGGAGGAGCUCUGCGUGAGGCCAAGCCGGCCAGCAGCGAUGAAAGCAUGCCAGAAGAAACCCAAUCACAACGCGCACGGAGAUACACUCACUCCGGACAAUCACAACCUUCAGACCCAGACUAUUGGGCCGAUGUCAAUUGCGGUCCUGCCACCAACGAGCAGGAACCAGAACCUGGCGAGGAUGAAAGCAAAGAGAUGGAAGUGUGA